UAAAAACAACGUCAAAUAGGAUUGGAGAUGGUGAUGAGUUGGCCCUGUCAAAAAUGAAUUUAUUUUCGAAUUAUUUUAUUUCUGUGAUUUUAUAUAUCUUCCUUUUUUAUUCGACAGUAGUUUCAGACCGAAUUUCAGACAAAAGAAAAUGUGCUGAUGCUGAAUGUAGUCGACCGGUUUCCAUUGCAACUACUAUGCUAAACUACUUUGCCGAUGAUGACAGACUGGUUUCAUUCCCUCGAAACAUAAAAGUCAGGGUCUUCAGCAAAGAAGCUGGGAACAAUCCUACUUUCUGGGAAAUAGAGGAGGAAGGGUCUAAUAAAUGCAUGAAUUUACAAGGCAGUCGAAAACAUUUUCUUGAACUCUGUCAUGAGGUGGUAUAUGGGAAGCGAGGAUACGCGCCCAAGGGACUUUUGAGGGAAGAAAAAGUUCUGAUACCUUCAAGUAAACUCACCCAUAUUGUAUCUACCAGAAAAACUGACCCUAUGAAACAAAAUGCUACAGACACAGCUAUGAAAAAACAAGUAUCUGAUUCAUCUAACCUUUUAUCUGCGACUCCUGAACUAACAGCGGCCAACUCAAAAGGUUUUUUUUCAACGAUUGGGGGAGUGUCUGCCGAUUCAGUUCCGAUGAAUUCACCAGACAUAAAGCCCCAAUCUACGAGGAAGUUUCAGGUAUUUGCCGGAACAACAUUCUAUGAUGAUGUUGUGAGUGAGAAACCUGAAAGUCCUCCAACAAUAAUCGAUAAUAAUGCAAGUGAAAACCGAAAAAGUGAAGAGAAUCCCCAACAAGCGGUAGAAGAAGCUGGUGAUUCUAAUGUGCCUUCAUCUGAAGUAAAACCGGUUACAGAAGAAAUUGAUGAAAAAAACCAGUCACUAAAUGAAAAGCCAAUGGAAAGAGUAGUAGACACACCAACUGGUACAUUGAUUAAAGAAGAAGACAAUUUGAAGGAAGAACAGAAGGAUAUGGGAACCCAACCUAAAGAGGGUGAGUCAUCCUUUCUUGGAAGCGUUAUUGACACUUUAGGCAGUUAUAUAUCUUCUGGAGCUGGGGAAAGUGUAACAGAAGAAGGAGUAGAGGAGGAGGAGGAGGAAGAAGAAGACGACGAAGGAUCAGCAGAGGAAGAAGAUUCUGAAGACGAAGAGAAAAAAGACACUAAAGAUUCUUUAGAUGAAACAAAGAUGGACAAACUGGAAGAGGCCCUCCAGCAUGAGGGAGAAACUAUGGACACAUUGCCUAAAACUUCAUCAGACACACCCACAUUCAAAGAUAUUGUUGAUAAUGGAUCUAUACACCUAAAACCAGACGAUGUACAAGAUUCUCAUAAAAAUACUCCAAAAGAUGAAACGUUGUUGGAAAAGCCUGCUAAAGAGUCAACGGAAAGUACAAGUGAGAUGAAAUUAGAUACUUUAAAAGUGGAUGCCAAGGUUGAUGAUAUAGAACCUCCAUCAACAAUAUCAGAUGCUAGUAGCAAUAUUCUGUCUGAUGGGCCAGAGGUUGGUAAAUCUGGGCCAUUAGUCAACGAAUCAGAUUCAGCAAUUGAAGGUGAUCAACAACACACAGAAAAUACAACUAGUCCUGAUGUCUACACCGAGCAAUCUGUCCAACAAAAUACGGUUAAUGACAUGGAAAAUACCAAUGAAAAGGAAAUCGGAACAGAGGAUAGUAUGUCUCAUGUCAAGGAAUCUUUAAAUGAGAAAACUGAGGGUCAGUCCAAUGAGACACUAGAAUUGAAUGUGGAAUCAAAUGCUAACGUGUUACCAAAUGAAGGGAUAGUUGAAGAUUUACCAAGUGAACAGCCAACAGUGGAGCAGGUUGAAGUGGUUGAUAAGGUAGAAGUAGAAGUACAGUCUGAAAAUGGAGAAAAACUGGAUCAAGAACAGCCUAACAUUAACGAAGUACUUGUCCAAGGAGAAGAAAGCUCUGCAGCAGUUCAGAUUGAGAAAGAGAUCAAGAAUGAUGAAGUACUAUCGGCAAUUCAAGAUCAAACCAAAACUGAUUCACCACAAGAUGGCGGUCAAUCCAAAAAAGAAAAAGUAUUGUUUGAAAAACAGCCAGUGGAUGAAACUCCGCUUACAAAGGCAUCUGAAACUGAUGAACCGAGAGAUAAACCACCUACAACUGAAUCACUAGAUGGUCAAGACCAGCCUAAACCUGAUGUAUCACAAUUGCAAGAAGACAAAAACAGUGGUGAACAGAUUCAGCAAAGCUCUGAAACUGCAACAGAAGUUCCUGCACAACAACCUGCUCGCCAAUUCAUGUAUGGUUCUAGGCAGCCUUCUCAAAUUCCCUUGUCACCUGAGCCUGUUGAAAUUAAAUUACCAGACGAGUCUCUAAACAACACAAAUGAAGAAAAUUUGCCUCAAAAUCCAGAAUACCCUACUUCUCUUCCGCCAAUGCAACCUCUGGGAUCUCCAAAGUAUUCAGCAGUCGUCACUCGGCGAAUACAAAGCUCUGAUUCAUACACAGUACAUCAGGUCAAAUAUGAUUCCGGAGAAGAUGACAGUGCUACGACUGGAGGUACCUCAAACAACGAAGAGACUUUACCACCUCACCUGCUUCAAUCUCAGUCUCCAACAUACUCAAAUGUGGUCACUAACAGGAUCGGUUCUGUCACACCACAAGACAAUUUAGAGGAUGAAAAUACACCCUCAUCAAUCUCUGAAGCUCAAGUAGAACCAGAUGCAGUUAAAACAGAAGAUAACACAUACCCACCUAGUCCACUUGUUGAAACUAUCCAAUCAGAGGUUGUACCUGAAGAUGCUGAACCUUCAAAAACAGUGCCCAUGGAAAGUAACGAAGUUCCCAUUGAGGAUUCACCUAAAACUUCAUCUGAUGAGGUAGUUGAAAACACAAUUGAUGAGAGUCCUGCAAAUAUAAUGGAUGAGACCGCAACAAAUAUAGUUGAUGAGACAAUAGAAGAAACGACUGAAGGGAUGUUUUCAUGGGUUACCUCAUACCUUGAUGUAUUUGGAAGCAAAGAUGAUGCUCAAGAACUGCCACCAGCGAGUGAGAAUUUGGAUCCGUCUAGAGUGACUCGUUUUGCAGAAGAGACGUGUUCUGCUGAUGGUGUGGAAGGAAGUUGUCCUUUUGGGGAAACAAUGCAGAAAGAAGUCACAUGGCAGGAGACUACUUAUUCUACAGAUAUGUGGGAACUACUGGAUAAAGUACCUCUGGAGGCUACCAUCUGGUUGAUAGUAACAGCUGUUGUAGUCCUCAUCUUCUCACUGGGUCACUAUUAUAUUGAGGCUCACAGGAGAGAUGGGCCGUUGGUUGCCGUGAUUAACAAACUAGAGAGAGAGGUAUUAAUAUUGAAGAAAGAAAACUGCAUCAUGGAUGAUCGACUGACAAUUGCUCAACAACAGUUGGAAACGUGGAACACAAGUUCUACCGAGAAUGAUGCUUUGCUGGUGGAAUUGAAACAAGAAUUGGAGGAAACUAAAGCAGCCAAGGCAGAGCUGGAAGAACAAGCAGCUCAGCUCAAGGAGGAGCUGGAGACAGUGACGGAGUCCGGUCUAGAGAUGCACAGACUGUUGGAGGAGAGUCUUUCAUCUCAGGACGGUUCGCAGGUGUUGCUGUCUACGGUAGAAACUCUUAGAGAGAAGCUCCAGAGACAAGAGGAGGAGAUCUCCGGCCUCAGUGACACACUGUCUAGCAAGAACGCAGAGGUGGAGGAACUCCAUGGGAGACUGGCUCAGUCUGCAGAGGUGGCUAGAGGACUGGAGGACAAGGUGAUCUCUGUAGUGAGAGAGAAGGAUGAAGAAUUACUCAAGUUGAGAGAUAAACAUCGCGAACUGAUCUCACAGUUGGAAGAGAAUGCUGGGCGUACAGAGGUGAUGGAAACGAAGGCUUUAGACGAGACUCGGCUUUCCACAGAGAUGAGCAAGUUGCGUCUCGCCAUGGAAGAGUUGCAGAAAACUCUUGCAGAGAAAGAUUCUGAAUUGGACACUUUGAAAGAGGUGGUCAAACAGUUGAGAGCGACGGACAGCAACGAGAAGAUCGAAGCUCUGUUUGACGUUGUGGCAGUUCAAGCGAAACUGAGGACUGCAGUGGCCGAGAGGGACGACCUCAGGGAAAAGUUCAUGGAGGAGGAGGGGGCGAGAAAACUUCUAGAAGGUCACAUGAAGAAGAUCACUCAAGAAGUAGUUGAGUUGAAGAACAGUUUCGAGACCGCUGAGAAGGAGAAGAUAGAAGCUCUUACGAAACUUCAGGUUCUCUCAAACUACUUCAAAGAAAAAGAGUCGCAGUUGCAAAAGGAGCUCGGGCUUCAAGAAUCAAUGUGGCUUCAGAAGCAAAGUGAUGAUCAUAGUAUCUAUGAACAAAUGAGAUCCUUACGAGAAGAAAAUGAAAAAUACAAAAUCGUCAAAGCUGAACCCCAGACCAACAGCGGAACGGCCAAACCUUUGCCGAAUUUGGCAGAAGUGAAGACAAAGAAGAAAUCUAACCCAAAACUUGGCUCAAUGCGGCAAACUACUGGGUUACAGAACGAGUCUUUGAAGAAAGAAAUCGUUGAGCAAGAAUCUUCUUUCAAGAUUCAGUUGGCAAAUACUGAGCAGAAGGCCCAUGAAAACUGGGUUGCAUCGAGGCAGGCAGAGCGGAAGUUGAAAGAAACCCAGCAGGAGGCUGCGCAGCUGAGAAACAGACUUACAACUGUAGAGAAAAACACAGCCAACUACAGCCUUGACGAGAAACAAAAUAUAAGUGAAAGCAAUGGGGACCCCUCGAGCCCCCCUCCGUCGUUGAUGUUCCCCCCCACCACAUCCCCUCCGUUCAUGAUGUACGGACCCCCUAUACCACACGGUGACUUUGUACCCCCACCACCUCUCAUGGGCUCCCCUUACCCCUCGGACUCCCGUCCUCCGCCUCUAGGGAGGAUAUCGUCACCGCCCCUGGACCACAGAUUUUCUCCCCCUCCCCCUUUGCCUUACUCCCCUUACGAAUAUUCCCCGUACGGUCACCAUUCCCCGUCUCCACCCCCGCCUCUGCCACCACACCAUAGAAACGUACAUAAACCUCAACCAAGAGAAAUGUCCAGGGAACAAAAAGAACACGUGCCUACCUAUUCUCCAGAAGCUGAGAAGACUUCUCGCAGGAACAAGAGAUAGUUUAACAUUGAAGUUAGCUGCGUACUUAGUCAAUAUUUUAACCUCAGCUUACACAACUGAGGUGUAAGUCUGAUCAUAAUCUAUCGGCAGGGUGUGUGACCUUGCUAUUUUGUACCAUUUGAUGUAAAAACAGCCAGGAAUCAACUUGCCAAACCAGAGAACAAGUCUUCUUAACCGAAGUGUACAUAGUGUCUGUUAUAUUUAUAUUUUGUUCCAUAUUUAUACAUUGUAUCAUUAAGAAAAAAUAUCGUAAACAUGUUUAUUGAACAUGUAUUUAGUUUGUGUAAAUUUUAUUGUUUACAAAACAGUUUUAAACCGUUUUUGAAUAUUGUAACUAUAAAAUAGGCAAGGGCACUAAGUACAGUAUUAGGGAAUCUUCAGCCGUAUUGUAAAUUGAGGUAAUUUUGAGAUACAGGAAACAUUCUUUGAUUCAGUCAAGUAUGUAAUAAGUUAAUUGUUUGCAGUCAACUUGAAUGCAUGUAAACAUCGGCUGUCUAUAUUGUGUGCUGCUAGUCAUCAAUUUAUGGUGUUCUUGUCUAUACGAGUGCCACUAAUUCCUAUGUUCCUUGAAAGCAAGGCCCAGUUUUAUGUGCAUAUAACAUGAAUAAAUGCCUUAAAUAUACAAUGUGUUAAUAUUUGAA